AUGAGAGCGGUCCUGCCGGGGAGACCCCCAGCGAAGCUCCAGUCGUUCAGCACUGCGCUGUGGGAUGGACUUCGUGUGAUUGCGUACAUAUCCGGUCAUGCACUGGUUAUCCUCGGCGGCCCGCAAACCCCCCUCCAAACGAUCUACGUCGAUGAUACCGAUAAACUAGAAGUGGUAGCCUUCGACGAGGCAUCAGGCAAAAUUGCUGUUUGUGGUGGCGCUGAUGUGUUCAUUUACCAACCGUGGGGUAUUAAGGGCGAGACACCCAAGUGGUCUCUUGCCCAUACUUUCCACGCACACGAUGACGACGAGCCGAUUCACACUUUAUCUUGGGGCUCCUCAAAUGAGCUGCUCUUAGGAAAUUCCCGCCUUUCUCUCUGGGUUUUAGAUGACAUGCCACGCUUAGUAUGGGAGCGAAAGCUUGGAACGCCGGUCAAAUUUGCCCAGUUCUCUCCCGAUGCGGGACUGGUGGUGACAGUAGGACAAUAUGAUCGCCUGGCCAAGAUAUGGAGAAGAUUGGCAUUUGGAGCAGAUGAGGUGCGAUUCGAGGUCUCGUAUCUUCCUCAUCCGCAUGUCAUCACUGGGAUUCAUUGGCGACUUCCAUAUCAUCGAGAACAGUCCGCCGACAACGUCCUCUACACCCUGUGCGCCGACAAUAAGAUUCGCGUAUGGGCUGUGACAGAUCACCACGCUCUUACGGCGUUGCAAUUCUGGGCGGAGAUUGACAUGGAAGCAUCUGUACAACCCCGAGAUGCCUCAGACAAAAAUGAGGGACCCCAGAGGCGAUAUGGCUUCAUUUUGGACAGUCGAGAUUUCUGUGUUGCGACAGAGCGCGCCGUGGAACGAAAUUCAGGAAACAAGGAAAAUCACGCAUUGGAGCAUCUCAUUGAAGUUGCGAACAAGAGUCCUGAGAUUUGCUUGGUAACUGAUGGCCAAGGUCAUAUAUCAGCAUGGGCUUUGGAGGACAUUGGAUCAAAGGCGAAAACACACUUGAGCGUGUUCAAUGUUUUGCAUGUAGAAGGCCUUGACUUCGGAUUCCUGUCGAAUCUGGGAAUCCAAGAGGAUUACGCACAGAUUCGUGCAUUCCAAAGUAACACCUCCGAAGACAAGCUCAGUAUUAUUGUCCAUCACUUCGAUGGCCGGAUUGAGUGGUAUGACUCGCGAGUGGAUGUCUUGUUUGAUCCGUCCUAUCGGAGGAAUCGCAUCGUACCCAGAGCAUCUUGGUCUGGGCAUACUGCUCCCGUGAAAAAAAUCGUCCGAAACGCCACUGGUGACACCCUUAUUUCAAGAACCUCCGAGGACAAGGCUAUGAUUUGGAAGCAAAAGACUCGCGAAACGGGGUCAACACUUGUUCAUAAGAGCGUGCUGCUAUCUGAUGAACAUAUUCACCGGACUUGCAUGAUUGAGAAUAGCAAUUUUCUCGUCAAUCUCCAUCACAAUGGAAUUUCUCUUUACGACUUCAGCUCCUACCACGCCCAGAAGUUGGCGCAUUUGCCGUUCACUCUGCCAAGUAAGCCACUGUGUGUACUCCCGCUUCCCACGCCAGAUGGCAGCCCAGGUCUAGCCUAUGUGGCGACAAUUGGUGCCGACAUGCAUGGAAUAGCCUGGGAACUCAAAUGGGACCCGCAGCAAGAAAAGAUUGGCACCAAGCAAAAGCAGGAAAGCUGCGAGCUCAGAAAAUUCUGCACAUUUGACAUGGGGCUGCAAGAGGAUCUGGCUUACAUUCUGCCUGUUGAUCCGGCAGGACCUAAAGCCAAGACUUCAGGCUCUUUUGAUGCGUUUGCCCCUGAUAUUGCGCUCUCCUACACUCAUAGCGGUAUUGUUCGUACCUGGACAGCUAAAGUUGAUUCUCAAAACUCACAAGUUGAGUGGUUGCUCAAAUCGACAGUUAACACUGGCAUUGAGAAUCCAUCGCUGGCUAGUGGAAGUACUAUUCGUAAGGCCGCGCUUGUGGAUAAGGAUCGGACUCACUUGACGAUUUGGGACACGAACAAUGCUCAGUUGGAAUUCGAGGAGCACUUUCCUCAGCAUGAUAUUAUCAGAGAUCUCGAUUGGACCUCUACUCCAGAUAUGCAGUCCAUCCUAGCUGUGGGCUUCCCACACAAGGUCAUUCUGCUUUCUCAAUUGCGCUAUGAUUAUCUGGACUCUCAACCCUCAUGGACACAGAUUAGGGAAAUAUGGAUACGAGAUCUCACACCUCACCCAAUUGGUGACUCGUGCUGGCUCACGUACGGUCAUCUAGUCAUUGGUGCAGGCAACCAGCUCUUCAUAUAUGACAAAGAUAUCGAUGCAGCAGAUCGUCUUGUUUCUGGUCUGCGAAUUCCUUCUCGUGGCCAAUCGACUAUCGAUCUCUUCGACCUUGUCAGUCGGUUGAAUGGACCAUUACCUGUCUUCCACCCACAGUUUCUAGCGCAGUGCAUUCUGGCUGGCAAGUCAACGUUGGUGCAUUCAAUUCUGAUGAACCUUCACAGAAAACUGAAGUUCUAUACUGAGGGUGAUGAUCUGGAUGGAUUUCUGGAUAUGCCAACGGAAAGCUUCUACGAAGAACAAGAGGUAUCACAAAAGGCGGCAUCUAAGGAGAUGCGCUCCUCAUUUGUUGAAGCUUCUAGCGAAGAUGAAGAAUCAUCAGUUGUCGAUGAAACUAUCUCCGCAAUUCUAAACGAGAACUUGGCUCGUAUCGCAUUGCCCCAACUUUCCAGCCACGAACAAUUCCGACUCGUGGAUACCAUCGAAUGCGUUGCAACUGUAGAAAAACACCGGCGGUCAAUGGAUGAUAAUGCAGCUCGAUAUCUUCUUUUCUUCCGACAGCACAUGUUGCGAAAAAUUCAAGGCGUGGCGAACAAAGACCGCGUUUCUUGGAGAGAAAUUGUCUGGGCCUUUCACAGCGGUAGCCAGGAUAUCCUGACAGACCUGGUAUCUCGCCAAUUUAAUGGUAAAUUGACAUGGAAGGCAGCUAGAGAGAGCGGUUUGUUCAUGUGGCUAUCGGAUUUGACAUCUUUGAAAGCACAACUGGAGUCUGUUGCUCGAAAUGAAUACACCAAGACGGAGGAAAAGAACCCCAUUGACUGCACUCUGUUCUAUCUCGCUCUGAGAAAGAAGAAUAUUCUCCAAGGUCUCUGGCGAAUUGCCCAUUGGCAUCGUGAGCAAGGGCCUACUCAACGUUUACUCGCCAAUGACUUCAAAGAGGCACGAUGGAAGACAUCCGCGCUAAAGAAUGCCUAUGCCCUCCUCGGGAAACGACGAUUUGAAUACGCCGCCUCCUUUUUCCUUCUGGCGGAUCAUCUUCGCGAUGCUGCCAACGUCAUCGCGAACCAGAUGGGUGAUAUUCAACUUGCAAUUACCAUUAUCCGAGCCUAUGAGGGAGACAAUGGUCCAGUUCUGAGAGAAUUCCUCGAGGAAAAAGUUCUCCCAGACGCUGCGUCCGAAGGUAACCGAUGGCAAGCCUCCUGGGCUUUCUGGAUGCUUGGACGGCGGGACAUGGCCGUACGAGCUCUAAUUUCACCAAUCGAGACCCUCCUAUUGCCUACCCCUGCCUCGCCUGGAAGUCCAGGGCGUGUUACACUCCAGUCCAAAUCCUAUCUUUCGAACGAUCCCGCCCUAGUGGUCCUCUACCAUCAGCUUCGCGAAAAAACGCUACAGACACUCAAAGGUGCUUCUCAGGUCCGCCCAGUCGAAGAAUGGGAGUUCGUCCUACGAAAUGCCAGACUAUACGAUCGUAUGGGCUGUGAUCUUCUUGCCCUCGAUUUAGUACGCCACUGGGAGUUUCUUGGUAGCCCACCAAAUUCGAAUACAUUACAAAACCAGCCCGCACUUGAACUACAUGAGAAUGGCAUCGACUACCGAAAGCUGCUCCGCCGGCGAAGCAGUCUUGUUGUCGCUGAUCUACCAAUCCGACCUCUUGUCUCUGCUUUGUCGCCUGACACAAAUAAGAAUGAUGGAGGUGAUGACUCGGGUGAAAAGAAGGAUCAACAGCCCCAGAAGCCGAAGCCGCCUCCUACGAUGUUCCAUGAACCAGAUGCUAAUUCAUUGUUGGAUAGCUUUGGUUUCUAG